AUGAGUCUAAAGGAAAGGAAGGAACAAUUUGUGUCGGGACUCUAUGGAGGUUCCAUAGGAGAGAUCUACAGCAUAACAACGGUCCCAGUGGUAUCUUAUUUGGCUUAUAGACUAUUCGCUGUUACUGAACAGGACUCAUUUCUUAUAGACUUUGCUUUGAAUUGUCUUAGUUGUAUAACUGCAGUUACUGUGUAUAGUAAUGUCCCCAUUCAGCUACAAACAUUGAUUUUGGCUCCAGCAUUGGGAUAUUAUAUCUGGAACAGAAAGUCAGUCAAGCUGUCUCUGCUGGUUCCCCUGCUGCUGCAGACUGGUGCAACUCUUCCGAAAAAGCAGUUCCUAACUGCUUAUAGAUCACAGAUGUUAAUCCUAACCAAUAUCUCGAUUUUGGCAGUGGACUUCCAAAUUUUCCCUAGACGUCUUGCUAAAGUAGAAACUUGGGGUACUUCAAUGAUGGACUUGGGGGUGGGAUCAUUUGUUUUCUCCAUGGGCUUAGUAAGUUCUAGAACAAUAUUAAAGAACCAAUUGACUACAACAGGGUACACUUUCAACUUGUCCAGGUAUGGUCAACUUAUUCUCAAGAGUACCAAGAAAGCUUUGCCCUUAUUGGUCUUGGGUAUUGUUAGACUUUUAAGUGUUAAAGGUUUAGAAUAUCAAGAACAUGUAACUGAAUAUGGUAUUCAUUGGAACUUCUUUAUAACUUUAGGAUUCUUACCGAUCUUCCUUGCAAUUUUAGACCCAUUUUUCCAUGCAUUUCCUCGGGCUUUCAUUGCUUUGGCUAUACUGUUAGUGUACGAAUUCUUAUUGGUUAAACUGAAUCUUUUGGAAAUCAUUUUAACAGAUGAAUUCCGCUUACAAAACUUUUUUACAAUGAAUAAAGAAGGCAUAUGUUCCUUCUUUGGGUUUUUAAGUAUCUUUAUUUUUGGUCAACUGUUUGGAAGUUUUGUCUUACCUUCGAAACCAACACCAAAUAGUCUUUUAGGACAAUGUGGAAUCUUGAGAAAAUCAUUUAAAUCACUUUCAGUAUCAACUUUUGAUGGUCUUUUAAGCCUGACACUCAUUUAUCAUUUGAUGUUUUGGUUCAUUUCAAACUCUACUGAGUUCCAUCAAGUUUCAAGAAGAAUUGCAAAUAUUGCGUAUGUCAUGUGGGUGGUUUCUUACAACUCAACAAUGUUAUUUGUAUACAACUUUAUUGACAAGUUCUUUGAUGAUCAAAAAUCUUCAUCAUCAUCAUCAGACCCCAAUGCUUCACCAAUUCUAGAUGCAACAAAUAAAAACGGAUUAGCUUUGUUUCUACUAGCUAAUCUCGGAACUGGAUUUGUUAACAUGUCCAUUAACACAAUAGAUGCUCCUGGGUAUUUGGCAUUCGGUAUUCUUGUUGUAUAUUCGUUGGUAUUGGCUUUGGUAGCAAUUGGAUUGGACAGGAAGGGUAUCUACUUGAAGGUUUGA